CCAGUUAUUUUAUGUUUGUUAAAUCCAACGAUGGAAGAAUAUCAUUGGCAAUUGAUUUACAAUGCACUUCAACAACCAUUUGAUGAAAAACAAAUAAUUACAAUAGAGAAUUUAGAGAAAAUUUCUGUAUAUGAUUAUGCUGAUGAAAUUCGAAAGAUUUCUGAACAAGCAACAGCUGAAGCAAGUCUAAAGACAUUACUAAAAAAGGUUAAAGAUGCAUGGGAGAGAACAGAAUAUGUUGUCUUACCAUAUAAAUCUGGCAAGGAUGUGUAUAUUUUGGGAGGAACUGAUGACAUACAAGCUUUAUUAGAAGAUUCAAUAAUGACUAUAGCAACAAUUCAGGCAUCUAAACACGUUACUCCCAUUAAGAGUGAAGUAGAAGAAUGGAGUAGACGUCUAGAAUUAUUUGCUGAAACAUUGGAAGAAUGGUUAAAUUGCCAGAAAAGUUGGAUAUAUUUAGAAAAUAUAUUUAGUGCACCUGAUAUUCAGCGUCAUGUUCCCGUAGCUGCAAAGUUAUUUUCAGAUGUAGAUAAGUCAUGGAAAGAAAUUAUGGCAAGAGUAAAUAGAAUACCGUUAGCUAUGAGAAUUACUACACAACAAGGUAUGAUAGAAGAGUUUCAAAGCAAUAAAGCACAGUUGGAUCAAAUAAAUGCUUGUUUGGAAGCUUAUUUGGAGUCAAAGCGUGUCGUGUUUCCAAGAUUUUAUUUUCUAUCCAAUGAUGAACUUUUAGAUAUAUUAUCUGAAACAAGAAACCCACUAGCUGUUCAGAUUUAUCUCAGGAAAUGUUUUGAUGCAGUAGCUGAAUUGGAAUUUGGAACUGAAGUUAUUGAAGAAGAAAUGGAAAGUCAGGAUGUGGAAAUACUUUAUAUUCAAGCUGUUAUAUCUCCAGAAAAGGAAAAACUUUAUUUUUCACAGAGUUUAAAGACAAGAAGUAAAGUUGAAGAAUGGUUAAUAACAAUGGAAGAAACAANAAGAAUUUUUUUUAAACGAUCAUCAGUUAUAUUCCAGGUCAUUUUAACAGUUUCACAGAUUAAAUGGUGCCAAGAAGUCACUAAUUCCUUUAAGUUGAAAUCUCGAGCAGUGACAAAACUGCAAGAAAUUGAAGAUAACAGUUUUACUAAUUUAAAACAAAUUGCCUCCUUUAUAAAAGAAAAUAUUGAUGAUGUAACAAGGCAGAAAUUGUGUGCAUUAAUUUCCAUUGAUAUUUAUGGAAGAGAUGUGGUCACUUCAAUGGUAAAGAAAAAGAUUGUAGAUAUUAACAGUUUUGAAUGGAUUAAACAGUUAAGAUAUUAUUGGGAUAAAGAAUCAGAUAAGUGCAUUAUAAGGAUGUCAAACUGUGAAUAUGAUUAUGGAUAUGAAUAUUUAGGUGCAUCACCUCGUUUGGUUAUCACUCCAUUAACUGAUCGGUGCUUUUUGUGUUUAAUGGGUGCACUGCAAUUAAAGUUGUGUGCUGCUGUUGUAGGACCAGCUGGAACUGGAAAAACAGAAACUGUUAAAGAUUUAGCAAAGGCUACAGCCAAACAUUGUGUAGUUUUUAAUUGUUCUGAAGGAUUAGACUAUAAAGUGACAGGUCGAUUUUUUUGUGGAAUGGCACAAUCAGGUGCUUGGUGUUGCUUUGACGAGUUUAACAGAAUAGAUAUAGAAGUUUUAUCUGUUGUUGCACAUCAGUUGCUCACAAUAAAAAAUGCAAAGGUUGCAAUGCUGUCGAAUUUUAUGUUUGAAGGGAGAGAAAUAAAAUUAAUUAAUUCAUGUGCUGCUUUUAUUACAAUGAAUCCAGGAUAUGCUGGAAGAACAGAAUUACCAGACAAUUUGAAAUCAUUAUUUCGACCUUUUUCAAUGAUGGUACCUGAUUAUGUUCUAAUUUCCGAAGUAACGCUUUAUUCGGAAGGAUUUCAAACUUCUAAAAUAUUAGCUAAAAAAAUGACACUAUUAUACAAACUAUGUUCUGAGCAAUUAUCUCAACAAGAUCAUUAUGAUUUUGGAAUGAGAGAACUGAAAUCUGUGUUACAUAUGGCUGGUGAAUUAAGAAGGGAAAAUCCUGAUAAAAAUGAAGAGUCUGUAAUAAUACAUGCAUUACUAGAAAGCAAUAUGCCAAAAUUUUUGCAUAGAGAUGUUCAUCUGUUUAAGGCUGUACUUCAAGAUUUGUUUCCUGAUACACAAUUGUCAAUGCCUGAAGAUGAUGUUUUACAAGAGGCAUUAAAAUACUCACUCAUUACAAAAGGAUUACACCCGACUAAAAUUACGAUAAAAAAAGCAACUCAGUUAUUCCAAACUAUGGUUGCACGUCACGGUGUUAUAUUAGUAGGCCCUGCUGGUAGUGGAAAGACAACUUGUUAUGAAAUUUUAAAAAAUAGUCUAAAUAUCUUAUAUGAUAAACAAGAAAAUAACAAGUUUUAUUGGUCUGUGAAAACUCAUGUUUUAAAUCCAAAAAGUAUUUCUUUAGUAGAACUGUAUGGAGAAAUAAAUUCACUAACUUUGGAAUGGAAGGAUGGACUUAUGGGAUCAAUUGUGAGGACAGCCGUGCAGGAACAAAAUGAUUGCCAUCAUUGGAUUAUCUGCGAUGGCCCAGUUGAUGUUUUAUGGAUUGAAAAUUUAAAUUCGGUACUUGAUGAUAAUAAAAUACUCUGCCUUGCCAAUAGUGAAAGAAUCAAACUUACACCUUUGAUCCACAUGUUGUUUGAAGUUGAUGAUCUUACUCAGGCUUCUCCUGCUACAAUUAGCAGAUGCGGUAUGGUGUAUAUUGAUUCAGAAUAUUUAGAUUGGCGUCUCAUUGUCAAGACGUGGCUUUCUAAACUUCCAGAAACCAUAUCGGAUGAAAUUAAAAAAUAUCUCUGGAGGUGUUUUGAUAAAUACGUUGAUACUGGAUUACAGUUUGUGAAACAAAAUUGUGUAGAGACAAUUGCUCAGAUUGACAUUGGGAAAAUUUCUUCAUUGUGCUCUUUGCUGGAAUCAUUAUUUUUACAUCCAAAAGGCAUAGAUAUCAUAAAAGAAACCAAUGGUAAUCGGCCACUUAUGUUAUUAUCAUUCAUGUUUUCCUAUUGGUGGUCUAUUGGUGGUAAUUUGAAAGAAAAUAGCAUGAAAAUGUUUGAUGAAUUCUUUAUUUCAUUAUUUAGUAAUGAUCCUAACUAUGAGGUUCAAACAUUAGGAAAAGAAUUUGGAAGAUAUUUUAUUGAUUAUUCGUAUAAAAGAAUGGAAAGCUGGGAAAGUCUUGUUCCUAAUUACAUUUAUGAAAACAUUCCAUUCUUUGACAUUGUUGUUCCUACUCCAGAUACAAUCAGAUUUGGAUAUUUAAUGGAAAGAUGUUUAUUAUUAAAUAAAAGUUUCAUAUUCACUGGCCCUACGGGUGUUGGAAAGUCUAUCAUUGCUUACAAUCAUUUGAAAUCCAUCAGUGCAGAAUCAGGAUAUAUUCCAGUUUUUGUAAAUUUUACAGCAAAAACAACCAGUAAGAGAACUCAAGAAUUUAUUGAAAAGAAAUUAGAUAAAAAACGAAAGGAUGUAUAUAAAGCACCAAAUGGAAAGAAAAUAAUAAUAUUUAUUGAUGACUUGAAUUUACCUUGCUUAGAUGCUUUUGGAUCUCAGCCAGCUAUUGAAUUACUUCGGCAGUAUCAAGAUUUUCGUGGCUUUUAUGAUAGGAAUAAAUUAUUUUGGAAAAAUAUUCAGGAUGUUUUAUUAUCUGCUGCCUGUGCUCCUUUGGAUGGAGGAAGAAGUUCCAUAACGCCACGUCUUCUAAGACAUUUUGCAAUCUUUGCAAUUCAUCAACCUCAAUAUGAAACUUUAAAACACAUUUUUACUUCAAUAGCAGUAGAAUUCUUUAGAGAUUUCAAUAUUGAAGUACAGAAGAGUAUAGAAAGCAUUGCUAAUGCGGGAGUUGAUUUGUACUUACGUAUGUACAUGGACUUUUUGCCAACUCCAGCCAAAUCUCACUACGUAUUUAAUUUUCGAGACCUUUCUAAAUUGAUUCAGGGGAUGUUGCAAGUGAAACCCAACAGAAUAAAAAGAAGGAAAAAUAUUUAUGAAUUGUUUUAUCAUGAAAGUGCAAGAGUUUUCCAAGAUAGACUUAUAAAUAAUGAUGAUAAAGAUUUAUUCAACAAAAUUCUAAAUGAUAUAUCUAUGGAAAGAUUUAAUAAAUCGAUGACGUUGUCUCAUAAACAUAUUUUAUUUGGAGACUUUAUGAAAGAGGAAGGAGAUUAUGAAUUGUUGGAUGAUAUAGCAAAAGUUAAAGCAAGACUUAUUCAGUGUUUAGAUAAUUAUAAUUUGAUUCAUAAGAAACCAUUAAAAUUGAUAUUUUUCGAAGAUGCAAUUAAACAUGUAGUACGAAUCGCUAGAAUUAUUCGUCAAGAACGAGGCAAUGCAUUAUUAAUAGGCGUCGGUGGAUGUGGUAAACAGAGUCUUGCGGAGCUGUCAUGUCAUCUUUAUAAUUAUCAUUGUUUUCAAAUAAUACUGUCAAAAGGAUAUAAUUAUAAAUCAUUUCAAGAAGAUCUUAAAAUUCUGUAUGAAAAAGCAGGCUUGAAAGGUCAACAAACUGUUUUUAAAUUUACUGAUAAUCAAAUAGUGACUGAAGAAUUUUUGGAAGCUAUUAAUAAUAUUUUGAAUUCUGGAGAAGUGUCUAAUCUUUUUGAAGCCGAUAAUUAUGAAAAAAUGAUUCUUGAAAUGUCGUCUUCUGCAAAAGAAUUUGGAUUUACUAGCAGAGAUGAUAUUUAUGAUUAUUUUAUUUCAGUUUUCAGGAAGAACAUUCACAUGAUUUUAUGUAUGACUCCAGUGGGUGAUGCUUUUCGUUCAAGGUGCAGGAUGUUUCCGUCUCUUGUAAAUUGCAGUACAAUUGUCUGGUUUAACGAGUGGCCCAAAGAAGCCUUGUUUUCUAUUGCUCAAAGCACUUUUAGUGAAACAGAAUUAUAUUGUGAUGAAUUAUCAAUAACAAAACUAUCAAAAAUGUGUGUUAACAUUCAUUCCACUGUCAUUGUCAAGGGAAAUAUAUUUUAUCAGGAAUUAAACAGACCUUAUUACACGACACCUACUAGUUACUUAGAACUUUUAUCAUUAUAUCUUGAAAUACUGGAAAAGUCUAGAGAAAAUCUAAAUCAGGCAAUAAAGAAAUUCAACAAUGGUCUUGAUAAUAUUUACGAAGCACACAAAGUAAUAGUAAAACUUAAGCGUGAAUUGACAGCAAAAGAGCCUGAAUUAAAACGCCAACGUGAAUUAACCGAUUCCUUGUUGAAGAAGUUAGCUUCGGAUCAAGCCAAUGCCGACGAAGUUCAUCAGAGUAUAAUAAAAGAAAAGACUAUAGUGAAAGCUAAAGCAGAUGAAACAUUUGCAAUUCAAGCAGAUGCUCAGAAAGAUCUUAAAGAAGCACUUCCUCAAUUAACAUUAGCUAUCAUGGCCCUAGACGCUGUAGAUAAAAAUGACAUUGCAGAAAUAAGAGUUUUUAGUAGUCCUCCCGAAAUGGUUCAGACUGUUAUGGAAGCAGUUUGUAUAUUACUAAACAGAAAAAUUAUUCGUCAAGAACGAGGCAAUGCAUUAUUAAUAGGCGUCGGUGGAUGUGGAUAUAAUUAUAAAUCAUUUCAAGAAGAUCUUAAAAUUCUGUAUGAAAAAGCAGGCUUGAAAGGUCAACAAACUGUUUUUAAAUUUACUGAUAAUCAAAUAGUGACUGAAGAAUUUUUGGAAGCUAUUAAUAAUAUUUUGAAUUCUGGAGAAGUGUCUAAUCUUUUUGAAGCCGAUAAUUAUGAAAAAAUGAUUCUUGAAAUGUCGUCUUCUGCAAAAGAAUUUGGAUUUACUAGCAGAGAUGAUAUUUAUGAUUAUUUUAUUUCAGUUUUCAGGAAGAACAUUCACAUGAUUUUAUGUAUGACUCCAGUGGGUGAUGCUUUUCGUUCAAGGUGCAGGAUGUUUCCGUCUCUUGUAAAUUGCAGUACAAUUGUCUGGUUUAACGAGUGGCCCAAAGAAGCCUUGUUUUCUAUUGCUCAAAGCACUUUUAGUGAAACAGAAUUAUAUUGUGAUGAAUUAUCAAUAACAAAACUAUCAAAAAUGUGUGUUAACAUUCAUUCCACUGUCAUUGUCAAGGGAAAUAUAUUUUAUCAGGAAUUAAACAGACCUUAUUACACGACACCUACUAGUUACUUAGAACUUUUAUCAUUAUAUCUUGAAAUACUGGAAAAGUCUAGAGAAAAUCUAAAUCAGGCUUGUAAGUCAAUAUGUAUGUGGGUCAAGGCAAUAUAUUCAUAUGCUCAUGUAUUUAAAGCAGUUCAACCCAAGAGAGAGAGAUUGGCAGAAGUGGAACGAGAACUUAAUGAAAUUAAAGCUACAUUAAAAGAAAAAGAAUUAAAACUUGCUGAAGUUGAAAGCUAUAUUAACGAUUUAAGAAAAGAGUAUAAAUUGAAUUUAGAGAAACAAGGAAUGUUAGAAAUGGAUAUUACACAAACUGCAACACAAUUGAAAAGAGCUUCUCAACUUACUAGUGCACUUUCAGAUGAAGCAGAACGAUGGAAAAUAUCGCUUCAGGCUUGUAAGUCAAUAUGUAUGUGGGUCAAGGCAAUAUAUUCAUAUGCUCAUGUAUUUAAAGCAGUUCAACCCAAGAGAGAGAGAUUGGCAGAAGUGGAACGAGAACUUAAUGAAAUUAAAGCUACAUUAAAAGAAAAAGAAUUAAAACUUGCUGAAGUUGAAAGCUAUAUUAACGAUUUAAGAAAAGAGUAUAAAUUGAAUUUAGAGAAACAAGGAAUGUUAGAAAUGGAUAUUACACAAACUGCAACACAAUUGAAAAGAGCUUCUCAACUUACUAGUGCACUUUCAGAUGAAGCAGAACGAUGGAAAAUAUCGCUUCAGGAAAAUGAAAAUAAACUAGCUGUUGUAAUUGGUGAUUCUUUAUUAUCGGCAGCAUGUAUUGCUUACUUAGGAGCCUUUACCAAUGAAUUCAGAGCAUCUAUUAUUAAGGAAUGGAUAAAUAAAAGUAUUGAACUUGAUAUUCCUGUUUCCACCGAAUUUAAUCUCAUCAGAUUCAUGACCAAUCCUUAUGAAAUUCAACAGUGGGAAAGUUAUGGGUUACCGAGAUAUGCCCAAUCUAGAGAAAAUGCCAUUUUAAUUACUAGAGGAAAACGAUGGCCUUUAAUAAUUGAUCCACAAAAACAGGUUGGAGAAACUUUAGAUCCAUGUUUAGAAUCUUUAAUGAUGAAACCAUUAAUGGGGAACAGGCAAUUAACUGUACGUUUAGGAAAUGAUGACAUUUACUAUUGUCAUAGCUUUUCCCUUUAUAUGACAACAAAAUUAGCUAACCCUCAAUAUUUACCCGAAGUUUCUAUCAAAGCGUCAAUCAUAAACUUCAAUGUCACACAAUCAGGAUUAGAAGAUCAACUGCUCAGUGAUGUUAUGAGAUUAGAAAAUCCAGAACGGGAAGAAGAUCACAAGCUGCUUAUUCAAAAUAUAGCUAUUGAUCAAGCUCAAUUGGCCGAAGUUCAAGAAAGAAUUUUAACUAUGCUAUAUACCUCAAAAGGCAAUAUUUUGGAUGAUGAGGAACUUAUUGCUGCCUUAAACGAAUCAAAUGUAAUGUAUAAAUACUUUUUAUAUUAUUUUAAAGUUGUAUAUACAGUAAGACUUUGUUUAAUGCUACCUCGAUUAACACUGAUUUGAUAUAACACUGUCUGUUCAAAGCCUAAAAAAAGCUCAAAAUUUACAUUGAUUCAAAUUAUUGUGGCAUUUCUUUAAUUCGUAUAUAAU